AGCUCCGGUUUCAGUGCGUAAAGGAUCGUUCAGACUGCCUCCACCUCCAGGGUUUCUUCAGUGGCCAGAGAUGGGGAGCUUAACCUCCUGCUGCGCGUCUGAUAGCCCCAGCCUCUGUAGAAAUGCCCACUCCAGGCUGGACUCCUUCUACCAGGACUCGGAAGUGAGCAGGGAGGAGACGGGAUGCAACCUGCAGCACAUCAGCGAUAGGGAGAACACUAAUGAGUACAACCUGGAGUAUAAUCCAUCAGAUCAUCCACGAGCCAGCACCAUUUUCCUUAUUAAAUCUCUAAAUGAGGAGAUGCAUUUCAGAAAUGGAGGAGAAAAACAAAAGAGCCUCCUCAUUAAUAAUCACGUCACAUUGAGAAGAAAAUACAGUUCUUGCUCAACCAUCUUCCUAGACAACAAUACAGUCAGCCAUCCACAUCUGAAGUCCACCAUCAAAUGUGUUGCUCUGGCAAUUUACUACCACAUCAAAAACAGGAGCGCAAAUGGACUGCUACUGGAUAUUUUUGAUGAAAAGCUCCAUCCUAUCUCAAAAUCUAAGGUCCCGCUGGACUACAACCACCACGACCCGGAGCUGAAGCAGAUCUACCGCUUCAUCGCAACUCUGUUUAGUGCUGCUCAGCUGACGGCGGAAUGUGCCAUCGUCACUCUGGUGUACUUGGAGAGACUGCUGACGUAUGCAGAGAUGGAUAUCUGUCCUGGGAACUGGAAGAGGAUAGUCCUGGGUGCCGUCCUGCUGGCCUCUAAAGUCUGGGACGACCAGGCCGUCUGGAACGCCGACUACUGCCAGAUCCUCAAAGACACCACGGUGAAGGACAUAAAUGAAUUAGAGCGACAGUUCCUGGAGCUGCUGGAGUUCAACACCAACGUGCCAUCCAGCGUUUAUGCCAAGUAUUACUUUGACCUUCGGUCGCUGUCGGAGGCCAACAACCUGCGGUUCCCCCUGGAGCCUCUCAGCAGGGAAAAGGCUCAAAAGCUGGAGGCUAUUUCCAGGCUCUGUGACGACGGCUACAGAGACGUCCGGAGAGCAGCCAGGAAGCGAUCAGCCAGCGUGGACCACCUGUACCAGAGUCGCUGGGUCCCCGCCAUCCUCUCCUAACCAUCGGUCAGACCCAGACGAGGGUUUGGUUGGAGGAACAUCUCCAGUUCAGCCCGAUGCCUUCAGAGCCUCGGUUCUUCUGACUGGAAGCAAAUCAGAGGAUAAAGUUAUAAUCUGACCUGUGGAGACACAGGAGGAUGUCCUGGAGAAGACAGCCUAGAGACUUUUGGACUGUUUGUCUGGACUCAAGUGCGUCUGACUAAAUUAUUGAUGACAUCACCGUAGCACUGAACUUUUAAUAGUUAUUUAUUUCAUAAUGAAAGUGUUGAUCAGGUUUUCUCUUUACGGUAUUUUGUAUUGCACCGUUUAACCCUCAGGUAUCUCAAGCAGGUAAAAAUGCUUCUUAUCUUAAUUCCAGCAAAGAUGGAAACUUUAAUUUGAAGGAUCAAACUUUCAGCACGUGCCAGACAGGACUGUUGCAUCGCACUUAUGGGGUGGUUAAACAAAACCAAUAGAAAACAUUUAAUUCAAAGUGUUUUUAUUUUAUUUGACCUUAGUGGUGUCGGAUUAACCCCCACAGAACCUUUUCAGGAUCACGUGUUUCAUCAAAUUCAGCUGCAGGAAGAAGAAUAAACCCAUCAGGCCGAUGAGUGCAUAAAACCUCACAUUCCUCCUGCAGGAAAAAUAAACUGCAAAAAGUAGAAGAGAAAAGCUUUUAUUCUUAUUUCAAAGCAAAAACACCCUGAAAAAAAGACACGAUAAGACUUGCUUACAAUUUUAUAUACUUAGAAUAAAAGAUGCAUUUAGUUUUCUAAACGCUUUUUCAAGAAUCCUGAAUAAAGAUGUUACCAUGAUGAUUUUAAGUCACUGGUCUGCGACCAACGAGGAUCAAAGCCACGUAUCUUCCAUGACUUUGCUUCAGAAAAGAAAAAGAAAACUUUUAUAACUUCAGAGUUUAAAAUCUUUUAUUUAUUGUUGGAAAAAACUUUCAUACUUUUCUUAUUCAUCUGUUUAUUAAGCUAUUUAUGUAUAUUUUAUUAAUUUAGUGAAUAAUUUGUGGUAAACUAUUGAUGCUUCAAUUUGUGAUUUUAAUAAAGAUACUUUUUAAUUAA